CUGCGGAUCGCUGUGGUGGGGGCUGGGGGGGUCAACACAAACAAACAUGGCGAAAGUAACGACAGUGAAGACCAAGCCGUACGCGGACCAGAAGCCGGGCACCAGCGGCCUGAGGAAGAGGGUGACGGUGUUUCAACAGAACCCGCACUAUGCGGAAAACUUUAUCCAGAGCAUCAUCUCCGUCGUGGAGCCCGCUGACCGGCAGGCCGCCACGGUGGUGGUGGGAGGAGACGGCAGGUUCUUCAUGAAAGAGGCGAUUCACUUGAUCGUUCAGAUCGCCGCCGCCAACGGGAUCGGUCAUCUGGUGAUUGGUCAGAAUGGCAUCAUGUCCACCCCAGCAGUCUCCUGUGUGAUCCGCAAGGUGAAGGCGGUGGGGGGGAUCAUCCUCACAGCCAGCCACAACCCCGGAGGCCCCAAUGGAGACUUCGGCAUUAAGUACAACAUCUCCAGUGGAGGUCCGGCUCCAGAGGGCAUCACAGACAAAAUAUUUGAGGUCAGCAAAACCCUGACGGAGUAUCAGAUCUGCCCGGAGCUGACGGCGGACCUUUCCAAGAUCGGCAAGCAGGUCUUCGAAGUGGACACGUUCAAGCCCUUCACAGUGGAGAUCGUGGACUGUGUGGACGCUUACGCCGAGAUGCUGAGGGAGAUCUUUGACUUCGCCGCGCUGAAGGAGCUUCUGUCCGGAGCCGGUCACAUCAGCGUCUGCCUGGAUGCGAUGCACGGAGUGGUCGGUCCGUACGUGAAGAAGAUCGUCUGUGAAGAGUUGGGUUCUCCCGCCAACUCGGCAGUCAACUGUGUCCCCCAGGAGGACUUUGGGGGCCACCACCCGGACCCCAACUUGACCUACGCCGCCGACCUGGUCAACACCAUGAAGGGAGGAGAAUAUGACUUUGGAGCGGCCUUCGACGGUGACGGUGACCGUAACAUGGUGCUGGGUAAAGGCGGCUUCUUCGUGAACCCCUCGGACUCUGUGGCCGUCAUCGCCGCCAACGCCAGCAGCAUCCCGUACUUCCAGAGGACCGGCGUCAAAGGGCUGGCCCGCAGCAUGCCCACCAGCGGAGCCCUGGACAACGUGGCUAAAGCUCUGCAGAUGCCGCUGUACGAGACUCCAACCGGCUGGAAGUUCUUUGGUAAUCUGAUGGACGCCGGGAAACUGUCACUGUGCGGAGAGGAGAGCUUCGGCACAGGCUCCGAUCACAUCCGUGAGAAGGACGGCUUGUGGGCGGUCCUCGCGUGGUUGUCGAUUCUCGCCGCCAGGAAACAGAGCGUGGAAGAGGUCAUGAAGGAUCACUGGCAGAAGUUUGGCAGGAACUUCUUCACCAGGUACGACUACGAGGAGGUGGACUCGGACGCCGCCAACAGGACGAUCGAGGAACUGGAGACGGCGAUGUUGGACCCGACCUUCGUGGGCAAGAAGUUCUCGUCGGGCGAUAAGACCUACGAGGUCGCCGUCGCCGACAACUUCGCCUACACGGACCCCGUCGACGGGAGUGUGUCCAAAAACCAGGGUCUCCGGUUGAUCUUCUCCGAUGGUUCCAGGGUCAUUUUCCGUCUCAGCGGGACGGGCAGCGCCGGGGCAACCAUCAGGCUCUACAUAGACAGCUAUGAGAAGGACCCCCAGAAGAUCUACCAAGAUCCACAGGUGAUGCUGGCUCCCCUCAUCGACAUCGCCCUGAAGGUCUCUCAGCUCCAGGAGAAGACUGGGCGCACCGGUCCCACCGUGAUCACAUGAUCACAUGAUCCCUCUGCCACGCCCCCCUCCCCCCUCCCGCAGCAACGGGAUACCUCCGCUCCCUCCGUGGGGUGAAGCCGCCGGCUUCACUUCUUAGAAACAGCUGGAGGAAAGAAGGGGAAACGCAAUACGCAGGUCGAACACGUGAAAAUAACUUUAUUUAUCUUUCAAUGAAAGUUAUCCACGGCCAUCAUCUAAUGUUGGACUAGAGUCUGUUUAAUGUGCUGUUUCCUUAAAAAAAUAGAGUAGAAAAUUGGCCUGAGAGGUCCGAUAAUUUAUCUGCAAAGCAUUAAUAUCGUGUAAAAAGUCUAAAUGUAAAGAUUCAAAGUGGGCCUCGUGUAAUCUCUGCAGCCAUGUGUGUGUGUGUGUGUGUGUGUGUGUAAUUGUCCAGAUCUGUUCCUGGACCGUGUGAUGAAAUGGAGACGCUCACAGCCUCUCAGCCUUGAGAACCAACACCAUGAAUAAAAUGACCUCUAAUAAAAAGGA